CAGUCGCUCUCUGUCAGUUUUGGUCCUCCAGCCUCGCCGUAGUUGCAUGUCAGUUUGCGAGAGGCUGGAUCUGCAUGAAUGGGGUGCGACCCGCAGGUAUGAUGGAGGGUCUGAAGAUACGCUUUGAUUUCCCCAGCCCUGUCAUACAAGCCCAGACGGUGAGAACACUUGUUGCUGCUGUGCUGAAGGAGAAAGGUUCCAAUGGGCCGAUCACACAGUCCUCUCCUCAGGGUCCGGCUCUGGAGGCUCUGUGGCAGCAGUGCUGCAGUGACGGCUCUCUGGUGCGCUCCUCCUGCUGCGACGCCGUGGUCCUGCUGGUGGAGCAGCAGCAUGCAGAGCUGCAGCACGUCCUCCACAGCGUGCUCAACCUGCUGCCCUCCGCCAGAAAUGUCCAGGGGCUGAUGAAGGUGAUUGGCAGGCUGCUGCAGAUGCAGGCAGACCAGAGAGACGCAGAAAAACACUUCAGCUGUCCUUACUCCAUCAGGAACAACCCUCACCCAUACAUCACUGCUCUGGAGAACCGAGUGGACUGCUGGCCCGCUCUGCUGCUGGAGAUUGAUGACUUCAUCCAGCAGGCUGCUGAGAGGAAUGAACCCGCCUACGUCACCAUGCUGGCCCCCUUCCUGCGCUACCUGUACUGUGAGCCUCAGAGGCAGCCGCAGCACGCCCUGCUACGCCAUGGGCUCCUCAGGGUGCUGAUGCCCUCUCACCCAGCAGCCAGAUCACUCCUCCAGAACAAGGAGCAGGACCCGGUGUUUGAAAGCCUGCUGCACUGCCUCUGUCAGCUGGUGCCACACAUGCAGGUGGACAGUGUGGAGGCGGUGCUGGAGUUCUGUGGGUUCGUAGACGCCCUGCUGCAGGUUCUGGUCCCGGCCCCUGAGCAGUGGAGGUCAGAGAGGGUGGGGCUGACCCUCCAGCUGCUGUGUGCCUGCAGGUGCUGCCUCCGGCUGAAUGCAGACUGCAGACCUCUUCUCAACCUAUUACAGCAGCUCCUGCCGGCCUGCCAACAGGAGCUACCAUUGGACGAGCUGUUGAUGGGCGUGGCCCUUCUCCUGCUAGAAGUCCCAGCAACCCAGCAGACCAGCCUGCUUAAUCUGGCUCUGAGUCUGGUCCCUGAGCAUGGGGAGCUGGCCCCCUGGCUGAGUCCGGUCCUGGUUCUUCCGGUGCUGCAGCUGCUGUCCUGCUCGGGCCUCACCGAGGCGCUGGCUGACCAGCGGAGGCACAGACUCAACCAGGACUUGGCCCACAGCCUCCUCUGCAGAAUCAGCAGGGAGACGGAUAAACUCCCACAGCCCAGCCCACCACUGGCUCUUCCUCUCAGUUCCUGGUACAACGAGCUCAGCGUGGCUCUGUCCAUACUGCGUAGAGUGACGGAGGACCCGGCGGCGGCAGCUGAUUGGCUGCUGUCCGUCAGCUCGGCCCUGUCCUCCGGCCAGAGCCAGCUCUGCUCCCUCAGCCUCAUGGUGACCCACCUCCUCCUCACGGGGGGGGAAGACGUCUGCCAGCUGGCUCUGAAGGCCAUCCAGGCCCUCGCUGCUGCAGAGCCCUGCCAGGUCCCGUCUCUGCUUCCUGUUCUGUUGUACAAACUGGGGAAGGAAAAGAAUCCCGUCCUGGCUCAUGCUGUGCUCAACUGUCUGCCAAACCUCGGGACUCAUAAGCUCUGUGUCCCCAUGGUGCUGCAGACCCUUAACAAGCUGGCCAGCGCCCCCAAGCUGAGAGCCGUGGCAAUGCGCCUCCUGACCGCUCUGUGGAAGAAACAGGAUCGUGUCUACCCUGAUCUGCAGCGUCUGCUGGGCCAGCAGGGCGGCAGGGGGGGGGUGGGGAGGGACGUCCAGUGGGAGCAGAUCCUGUCCAGAGCGGCCUGCCUCCGAGACAUCUGCAGAGAGAGGCCUUACCAGCACGGAGGGGACAUGCUGGCUGCCAUCACGCUGACUCUGCAGCAGUGCACCAGACCAGACAUGGCAACCCCCGCUGCUCUCGCCCUACAAGGACUACAGGAGCUGUGCCGGGCAGAGGUGGUGGACAUCAUCUCGCUGUGGAGGACCCUCGGCCCCCAGCUGAGCUCAGACCCCCGUCCUCAGAUGGUCAGAGUGGUCUCUGAGCUCCUGGCUCUGGUUCCCCAGCUCAGCGUCAAGUCAGAGGAAUACCAGAAAUUGAAGGAGGAGGUGGUCAGCUUUCUCUGGAAUAAUGCUGUGAGCAAGGAUCCAGAGGUGGCCAGCUGUGGCUUCAGAGCUUUGGCAGAUUUUCCUGAAGAGGCCCACACAGUGAAUCUUCUCCCUGAAGCAGCCAGACCAGCUACAAAGGCCCCUGAAAAUGAGGAGGAUGAAGAGGUGAAGGAGGAAGAAGAGAAGGACCUCUCUAUUCCUGGUCCCUCCUAUGUGAAGCUGAUGGCUCUCACCCCUGGGUCUGUCCUGCCAGCCUUUGAGAUCUUCCUGACCUCGCUGGUGAAGCAGGAGAUGAGCCAGAUGCCUCGGGGGGUUUACUUCUCUGCCCUGAGGGGGGGCAACCUGCGGUCAGACCAGGGGAAAACAAUGGCCGGAGUUCCAUCUUUCAUGCUUAAAACCUAUGAGAAGAACAAGCAGCCUGGGCUGAAGCCCGGCCUGGCAGCCGGGCUGUUGCUAAGCUACGAGCUGCCGGUGCAGACGGACCGUGAGGGCAGAGCCAUGGAUCGCUUCCUGGUCAGCCGCAGCCGCAGCUACCAGCUGACCCUGGCAGCCCUGAUCCAUGAAGUGAACAUCCAGCCGUCUGAGUGGCACCGGGCCCUCCUGCUGCCCCAGGCCUGGAGGGGCUUCAUGAGCCGGGCCUUCCACGCCGCCCUGCAGGGUCGACGUGCUGAUUUGGGGAUGCAGCAGAAGCAAGGCAAAGAAGACCCCCAGGAGAUCCAGUACAAACAGCACUGUGCCUGGCUGUGGGCCAGAGAUCAGCUGACAGACGUCAUCAAAACUGCUACAAAGGACAGUCCGGUGGUUCAGGGAAACUCCAUCCUGGCUCUGAGCGGCCUGGCUUCAGUGCUGGCUAAAUAUGAGAGCAACCUUCCUGCUGACAGUGAAGGCAGCCUCAGGGCGGGGCCAGAGUUCGUGCCCACUGCCUCCUGGUUGGCCAUGGUGCUGAACACUCUGCUCAGCAUCAGCAGCUACCGGCCCUCAGGACAGGUGUUCCCAUGGUUCCUGCACCGCUCCUACUCGGGGGAGAACACGGCGAGCGCAAUCGCCCGCUCCUGUGCCAGCCUGGCCCUGUCCCUGCUGGUCCCGGUGCUGGUGGUGUGGCAGAGGGAGGGGCUGCUCCAGGUCCUGUCAGCGCUGCAGGCCGGGCUGCCGGGCUCCAGCUCCGCAGAGGACUCCCAGGCCCUGCAGUUCCACUCCGGCCUGGCGCUGGGCAUGGUGCUGUCCAGCCUGCACCAGCAGCGCCUCAGUGAUGUCUCGGUCCAGAAGGACACUGAUGUCCUCCGCAGCGCUCUGGACGCUCUGGAGGGCAGCGCCUUCAACCCCGACCUGGAGUACAACACGGGCUGUGUGCUGGGCCUGGGUCUGGUGCUGGCCUCUAUCUGCAGCAGUGGACUGACGGAGCAACAAGUCCACGUGUCCCAGACCCUGGACAGACUGCUGUCCACCCUGCAGGACAGCAGCGGGCAGGGGCGCAUGCUGCAGGAGGUAUUGGCGUACUCUGUGGCGUGUGUGUGUGUGUCGGCCUUCAGUGCAGACAUCAUAGACGCUGCCAAGGCUGAGGAGGUCAUGACCUCUCUGCGCACCCUGACCGAGGAGAGCCAGCAGACCCCAGGCUUCUCCCUGGCUCUGGGGCUGGUGGUGCACGGCCUGUCCAUGUCCGGCCACGGGAAGGCCGAGGACAUCCAGCCCCGCCUGCUGGCUGCCUGGGUGAAGAUUCUCCUGGCAGAGGGCUGUCCCACAAUGCAGCGGCUGGCUGCCGUCAACGGCCUGGUGGCGCUGGUGGGGUCUGAGAGCUACCUCUUCCAGCAAACCGGUGAGCUGGAGCUGUCCUCUCCGCAGCAGAGCCGCCUGAACCAGGUGAUCCGAGCCGUCACACAGAUCAUCACCUUCUCUGGAGCCAUCGGCCUGCAGUCCAACAGCGCCUGUCUGCUGGGACACCUGCAGCUGGCCCACAUGUCCACCAGUCACAGCCACACAGCAGUUCCUCAGGACUUCAGUUACCUCUCAGAGAAAAGUCUCCUCAGAUCCAUCAUUGACUUCAUCACAGAGGCAGGAAGAAAAGGUCCAGAGUUUUCCCCUCCAUCUCUGGUGAAGACGGCUCUGACCCCGUUGGCCUCCGUUGGAUCCAGUUUCCAGUACCCCCCCAUCAACUGGAGCGCCGUGCUGUCCCCUCUGAUGAGACUCAGCUUCGGAGAGGACGUGCAGCACCAGUGUCUGUGCCUCGCAUCCUGUCAGGCUCAGACUUCCCAGAGUGCAUCUCUCUUCCUGGGCUCCUGGCUGGCCCCACCUCUUGUGCACAGCCUCAGUCUCCUGACCCGGGCCCACCUGUAUGAGGGUCUGGGUCUGUGGAUGAAGCAUGUGGCUGAGGACAAGCUGCAGGUCCACACAGAGAGUCUGGGUCUGCAGCAGUUCCAGGACGACCUCCGACCCCAGCGCCUGGCCCUGUGCCGCUCCCUGCUGCAGGGCCUGGCUCAGGCCAUGGCCCUCCCCAACCCCCCCAACAGCUGCUGGACCCUCCUCUGCUCCACCACGGAGAAGAUCUUCUCCCUGCUGCCCAACCACAUCCAGGAUCAUGAAGUGGAUUUGUAUGUGGGAAUCGCCAAAUGUCUGUCUGAGAUGUCUGAUGCAGAGAUCGACCGGAUCACGAAAGUAACCGAGGCUCAGAUGGAGAAGACCUGCUUCGUGCUGGCCUACCUGACCUCCCAGGGCAGAGUCCCCCUGCUGGGGCUCAAUGACGUCAUCGCGGGGGUGCUCCAGGGCUGGCCCCAGCGCAGAGUCGGCUGGCUCCUUCUGCAGACCUUCUACCAGUGUCGCCUAGCAACCAACCCUAACACAGGCGUUUCCAAACGAAUGGAGUGGCUUCUGGAGCUGAUGGGACACAUCCGAAAUGUUGCCUACGGUGCAACCCCCGUCACAUGUGGAGACACGAAACAGGCCACACAUUUCCUGUUCCAGGUGUUUGCUGCAGCUGUGGUUUCCUGGGGGGACCACUCCAUGCCCCUCCUCUUUGGCAUUAGGGCCCAGUGGUUCCCGUGGCAACCCGGCUCCAAGCCCCAAACCCUACAACACUGUCUGUACGGUGAGGAGUCCUCCACUGACAACGCCCUGGCCGCAGUGCAUGCUGGGAUGCCCCACAGCCUGGCUCUGCUUCUGAACAAAGCCUGGAGCAGCCAGACACACAAGUUCAUAGACUGGCUUUUCAGCAUCACAGAAGGUCCUGGACAGAGUCUGUCGGCCACAACCAUCAGCUCAGCCAAAGCCGCCCUGCUGGCCCUCAAGUCCUCUGCCGAGUUUAAGAAGAAAGCCGUGUGGACCAGAGCGUACGGGUGGUAGCCCAGAGGAGCCAUGACAGACUGUUACCGUGGCUACGCUUACAGGUGUUCUUCACAAAUAAAUGGCUGCAGUAUUAAUAAGCUCGGAUGGCUGGACAUGUGUGAGGCUCUCUGCAUCAACAUGGAGAAAGUGAAGCUCCACUUCAUCUCAUUCAGCCACAUCAGAGGAAUGUGCUCCAAAACAAUAUAUUCCAAUAAAAAGAUCUUCAAACACACAA